GGCCUGAAUUAUUCGAUUGUCUUGUUCUUGUUGUGUUGUGUUCGUUUAAGAUUUGAAUGAAAGAAUAUUAAAUUUUCUUUCUCUGAUAUUAUUUUUGUUAACUUAGAAAUAACAAAAAUGGCAUAUAAUGAAGAAUAUGCCAAAUUUUAUAAAUCAAUUGAUCCAAGUUUUUUUAACAUGUUAGAUGUUGAAUCUGUAUUUCAUAAAACAUUUCAUCCAAACGCAUGUCAUGUUUGCAAUUUUUUUGGCGAAAAAGUUAAUUUAAAACGGUGUGGUGCUUGCGAAAUGAUAUCGCUUAUUGUUCUAAAGAACAUCAGUUAAAGGAUUGGUCAAGUCAUAAAGAAAUUUGUAAAGUCAUACGUCAAAUAAAGAAAGAAUUGGAAGUGAAUAAUUUAUAUGAAUCACUUAAAGUUUCAAAUGCUUUUAAUGGAGUAGAAGAAAUGCUUUCCAUUUUCUUAGGGAAAUUCCCCACGGGAUUAGAAACUACUUUUGGAAAGUCAUUUAAAAAAAUAAGUCAAAUGAAAGGUCUUAAAUUAAUUAAGGAUUUAUCAGAUAGAGCCAUGGAAUUACUUGGAAGACCAUUGAAAUAUUAUGAAUUACAAAUGUUUUCUUCUCCACGAGUUUGUGCUGUUUGCUUCGAAUGUAAUCCUCAUCUUCUUACAAAUUGCAAAAAAUGUCCUCAAUCCAGUUUUUGUGAAAUGCAUAUAAAUGAUCCAAGUCAUGAAAAUCAAUGUUUUAAAUUUAUAUCAACACUUUAUUCGCCAUGUGGAAUUUAUGAAACUGUUCCUCCAUUGAUAUUGGAUAUAAUAGACGAGAUGAAAUUACCUGUACAAACUGAAUUUGAAAAAUUACCGAAUUCUAUGACUAAAUUUUUUGAGCGAUAUUUUUCAAAGGUUUCAUUUCACUUAUUUUCUAUAGAAAAGAGAGUUGCAUUUAAUACCUAUUUUUCAAGCAAGUAUUCUUCUUCACUGACAAUACUUUUUGCUAUGGAGAAAUUGAGUCUCAAUUUGAAUUCUAUGACAAUUCAUGUUGUUGGCGCAUCAACACAUGAACAAAUUUUUAACGAUUGGGAAGCAAUAUUGCAUUAUUUGCCACAAUUAAAUAAACUUAAAAUUGUUUUAAUUGGACUUGAAUUUAUUCCGCCGGGUAGUGUUAAAAUGCAAAAGCAAUGUAAACUCUGCAAGAAAAAUAAAAGACAAUUCAUUAUUGAAACAAUAAUGAUUGAAUAUCAUAAAUACUGCGAUAGUGAAAAUUUUGAAAAACCAGACAUGAUUGCAUGCUUCAAUCCAGGAUUUUACGCUUAUAAAUCUUGGGAAAAAUCUAUAGAAAUUUUUAAUAAAGGACAAUGUCCAGUGUUGAUAACAUCUUACAAUGAAAUGGAGGGAAAUCAAGAUAAAGAAAUUGUUGAUAAAAAAUUUCCUUCUGCAAAUUGUAUUUUCAAUGAUUACAAUCCGUUCGCAAGUUUUUAUUUUAAAACAUUGUAUGUUGUUUGUGAUUUUUCUGCUGACAAUGAGUUUAUAUUUAUUUACAAACAUCUUGGCAAUUUAAAAGUUUCUAAAUGAUUGAUGGGGACGCAAAUUCUAGAAUUUCUCAAGUAUUGUGUCCAGUGUACUUGAAAAGUGAUUACUUUUAAAAAGUAAAUUAAAAUAUGAUGUAUAAUUUGGUGUUUAUUUGUUUCUAUUUGUUCGAAUUAUUCAGUCUUUGUUCGUCAUAUAUCUAUAUUUGUUAAAAAUGUUGAAUGAACAAUUUAAUACUUUUAAAUUUUAUAUUUAAAAACGAUUUCUUUUAACCUAAAGAAAAAAAUAAGGGAGUAUUUUAAUUUAUUGAUGAAUAUUUGAAAAGAAUAACUUCUACUAAAAAUAGUGUAAAAGUUGUAGAUGGUAUUUGUUGAAAAAAAAUUUUAAAUUCGACAUUAUCAUAAAGGAUUCAUUCGUU